AUGGCUACCAUGGUGGACAUGGCGCGGCCCGCACUGGUCAGCGAUGCCGAUCUGAUGCAAGCGCGAGCAGCCCUCCAACACCAACAAAGCGCCGAGAUCUCCGUCCCACGCGAAUUCAUCUCUCUCAUCGUCGACGAACUCAUCUAUCGCCGCGAAUCCCACUCCUCCAUCGCCGCCAUCGAGCACGAAUGCACACAUCUCCGCAAGGAACUCCGCAAACACACCCACAUCAAUGAAGCCUUCCAGAAGGAGCUCCGGGAGAUCGGCGAGAUCAUCACGCAGGUUGCCCACGGCGACUUGUCGCAGCGCGCGCGGAUGCAUCCGCUCGAGAUGUCGCCCGACAUCGCCACCUUCAAGCAGACCAUCAAUACCAUGAUGGAUCAGCUGCAGGUGUUUAGUCAGGAGGUGUCCAAGGUGGCGAGAGAGGUCGGCACCGAGGGCGUGCUGGGCGGCCAGGCUAAAAUCGAGGGCAUCCAGGGUAUUUGGCAUGAGCUGACGGUGAAUGUGAAUGCCAUGGCCAACAACCUGACUACCCAGGUGCGGGAUAUCACGACCGUCACGACGGCCGUUGCCAAGGGUGAUUUGCAGCGUAAGGUGCAGGCGGACUGCAAGGGCGAGAUCUUGUUGUUGAAGAAUAUUAUCAAUUCGAUGGUGGAUCAGCUGAGGGAGUUUGCGUUUGAGGUCAGUCGCGUGGCGAGGGAGGUCGGCUCAGAUGGUGUGCUGGGUGGUCAGGCGGUUGUCCAUGGUGUCGAGGGCACGUGGAAGAAUCUGACCGACAAUGUGAAUCGCAUGGCAAUGAAUCUCACGCAGCAGGUGCGUGAGAUUGCGGAUGUGACGACGGCUGUGGCUCGGGGUGAUCUGACGAAGAAGGUCACUGCAGAUGCCAAGGGAGAGAUUUUGGAUCUCAAGCUGACGAUCAAUGCGAUGGUUGAUCGGUUGAAUCAGUUCGUAUUUGAGGUUAGUCGUGUUGCACGUGAAGUUGGGACGGACGGCACACUGGGUGGCCAGGCACAGGUCGAGAAUGUGGAAGGUCGCUGGCGCGAUUUGACCGACAACGUCAACACAAUGGCUCAGAACCUCACGUUGCAGGUGCGGCAGAUUUCAAAUGUCACCCAGGCCAUUGCGCGCGGUGACCUAAGUACCAAGAUCGAAGUCCACGCCCAGGGUGAAAUUUUGACUUUGAAAGAGACAAUCAACAGUAUGGUGGAUGGACUAGGUGAAUUUGCACGGGAACUCAAAGGCGUUGCGAGGGACGUAGGAGUCCGUGGCAAGCUAGGCGGACAGGCGAACGUUGCUAGGUCGCAUGGAAUAUGGAGGUCCAUCAGUGAAGAUGUCAACACCAUGGCCGAUAACCUGACCUCGCAGGUUCGUGCCUUUGGAGAGAUCACCGAGGCGGCGAUGAGUGGUGAUUUCACCAAGUUGAUAACAGUCUCUGCAUCGGGAGAGAUGGAUGAUUUGAAACAGAAGAUCAACAAGAUGAUCUCGAGUUUGCGGGACAGCAUUCAACGCAAUACUGCUGCGCGUGAAGCGGCUGAGUUGGCGAAUCGAAGCAAGUCUGAAUUCCUUGCGAAUAUGAGUCAUGAGAUCAGGACUCCGAUGAAUGGUAUUAUCGGACUCUCAAGUUUGGCACUCGACACCGAUGAGCUCCAAGCUUCUGUGAGAGAAACACUCAAGAUGGUCCAUGGUCUUGCUAUCAGCUUGUUGACUAUCAUUGAUGAUAUUCUCGAUAUUUCAAAAAUCGAGGCUAAUCAUAUGAUGAUCGAAAAGAUGCCUUUCAGCCUGGGGUCCACCGUGCUUAGUGUAUUGAAAGCCCUCACUGUGGAAACCAACGAGAAGGCAUUGGGCUUGGUGUAUACCGUCGACGGAGAGGUACCCGACUUCCUCAUCGGCGAUGCUUAUCGAUUGCGUCAGGUCAUGCUCAACCUAGUCAAUAAUGCCAUCAAAUUCACCGACAACGGUGAUAUCAGAGUGAACAUCAAGCGAGUGGUGGACAACUUAUGUGAGCCCGGCGAAACCGCAUUCCAAUUCUCGGUGUGUGACCCGGGAAUCGGCAUUGAAGCGAGCAAACUCGGUCUCAUCUUCGAUAAGUUCCAACAAGCAGAUGGUUCAAUGACACGACGGUUCGGUGGAACAGGCCUGGGCCUCGCCAUUUCCAAACGCCUAGUCUCCCUCAUGGGCGGAGAUAUCUGGGUGACCUCGACUGUAGACAAGGGCAGCACAUUCUCCUUUACCUGCCGAGUGAAGGUCGCUCCACCUCCACCAAGCUUCGCAGACCAACUCCUUCCACACCGUGGCCGACGUGUUCUCUUCCUCGACCACGGCCUCGCCCGCAGCUUCCCGAUCGCCCAGCUCCUAGUGGAACUCGGCCUGGACCCGCUCAUAGUCACGGAAGAGCAGCUUGAAAGUGGCCAAUUCCAAAGCGAGUGGGGUGGUGCCUUCGACGCUAUCCUUGUCGAAAACCUCGAAAUAGCAGCAAAGCUUCGCGCCGAUUCAACAUUCCAACCGAUUCCACUAGUCGUCACAGCCCAAAAUGUCAAUCUCACACUACGGAAAGCUGGUGAACUAGGUAUAGCCUCCUAUAUAACAGUUCCUUGCCGACCGAUCGACCUCUGGAACGGAAUUCUCCCAGCUCUAGGGAAUCGCUCAACCCGCACACCGUCAGGAUACACGCGCUCGUUGGCAAUCCUCCUGGCAGAGGACAAUGAUGUCAACCAGAAAGUGGCGGUACGUAUACUGGAAAAGUUCAAUCACAACGUCACAGUCGUCGAAAACGGCCUGCAGGCUGUGAAGGAGGUCAAGCAACAUCGCUACGAUGUGAUCCUCAUGGACGUUCAAAUGCCCGUCAUGGGCGGGUUCGAAGCUACCGGUAAUAUCCGACAAUAUGAGAAGAUGAAUGCCUUGCCGCGUACGCCUAUCAUUGCAUUGACGGCUCACGCUAUGCUAGGGGAUCGGGAUAAGUGUAUCCAGGCUGGCAUGGAUGAUUACCUUUCCAAGCCGUUGGAUGCGAGUCGCAUGAUGCAGACUAUUCUGAAGUGCUCUGCGAUGAAUCUUUCCUCUUUGCCUGCGAUUGAGGGCUGA